AUGCCUCCUACUUCAAGAGGAUUGCUAGGGCUAUUUUCAAGGUCAUGGCGACCGCGAAGGGUACAAAGCUCCAUCAGAAGUUAUGCACGAGCUUCCACGCUCCCUAGAGUGCAACAAGUGGCUGUGGCUAGUCCUCGCCAAACCAUUGUUUUGAGGGAUUACCAGGAAGAAUGUAUCCAAGCCGUACUUUCUCAUCUGGAUCAAGGUCACAAGCGUAUGGGUGUGUCUUUAGCUACUGGAAGUGGAAAGACUGUAAUCUUCACACAGCUGAUUGAUCGAGUUCAACCAAACACUGAAAGCGCAACCCAAACACUGAUCCUAGCUCACCGACAAGAGCUUGUCGAGCAAGCAGCUAGGCACUGUGAAAAUGCUUACCCAAACAAACGAAUUGAAAUAGAGAUGGGUAAGAUGCAUGCUAGUGGAUACGCAGACAUCACUGUGGCAAGUAUUCAAAGUAUUGGAUCUCGUGACCGGAUCGAGAAGUUCGAUCCUACUCGUUUCAAAUUGAUACUGGUUGAUGAGGCACAUCAUAUUGUUGCACCACAAUACUUGAAAGUCUUGACUCAUUUUGGACUCUCCGAAAAGCGAGAAAGCUCCCCAGCUCUUGUUGGCGUCUCGGCGACUUUGUCUCGUACCGAUGGGUUGAGGCUGGGUGCUGCUCUUGAUCAGAUAGUCUAUCACAAAGAUUACAUUGAUAUGAUUGAAGACAAAUGGCUAUCUGGGGUUAUCUUCACCACCGUACAGUCGAAAGCUGAUAUUUCUUCCGUGAGGAAGGGCCCGAAUGGAGACUUUCAGACUGGAGAACUAUCGCAGGUUGUCAACACUGAUCAAAUCAAUGAGCUUACUGUGCGUAGUUGGUUUGCAAAGGCCAAAGGAAGGAAAUCUACAAUAGUCUUCUGUGUCGAUCUUGCUCAUGUGGGAGGAUUGACUAACAAAUUUCGCGAGUACGGGAUUGAUGCACAGUUCGUAACGGGGGAUACUCCAAAGAUCGAGCGUAGUGCCAGACUCGAUGCUUUUCGAAACGGGGAUUUUCCAGUGCUGAUUAAUUGCGGAGUCUUUACUGAAGGGACUGAUAUUCCGAAUAUUGACUGUGUAUUACUGGCAAGACCUACCAGAUCGCGUAAUUUGCUCGUUCAAAUGAUUGGUCGAGGUAUGCGAUUACAUCCUGGAAAGGAGAAUUGUCAUAUCAUUGAUAUGGUUGCCACCCUCACGACUGGCAUCGUAACCACGCCAACUCUUUUCGGUCUUGAUCCUUCCGAACUCGUUGAGGAAGCGAAGCCGGAUGAUCUUAAAUCUCUUAAGGAAAGAAAGGAGGAGGAGGAAGCGAGGAAGAGAGAAGCCGAAGACGUGAAAGCUAAAGCUUCUCCAAGAUCCGCCAGUUCCAACAUCAGGACCGUCAGUUUCACUGAUUAUGAUUCUGUCUAUGACCUUAUCGAAGACACCUCUGUAGAAAAGCAUGUCAGAUCUAUCUCCCCAUUUGCAUGGGUAUGUGUUGGUUCAGACAAAUAUGUGCUCAGCAAUUCAAAUGGAACUUACCUAAAAAUUGAAAAAGAGUCCGAGGAGUCGAACGAGAAGUUCACUGUCACCGAAACUGUUGCCAUGGCUAGUCUAAGGGCUUCGAAAUCUAAAUCACCAUUUGCAAAGCCCCGCCAACUGGUCGCUGCAGAAACCUUGUUGGAUGCCGUUCAUGCGGCUGAUACUUUCGCGGCCAAAAAAUAUCCUCUUCAAUUUAUUGCUAGAAAGGUCUCCUGGAGAAACGGUCCGGCCACAGAGGGGCAAUUGAUGUUUCUUAACAAGUUUCGACCACAGGAUGACCAAUUGACCUCCGCGGAUCUGAAGAAGGGCCAGGCUGGAGAUAUGAUAACGAAACUCAAGCAUGGCGCAAAGGGAAGAUUCUCGAGUUUGGAGGCGGAAAAAAGGCGAGCAGGUAAAUCACGGUUGAAGCUAGAGCAAGACGCCAUUUUAGCAAAGAGGGAAGCAGUCAGUAUUGGACCUCUUCUGGGAUGA